AUGGAAGAACCAGUUCACUCACACUGGAAAGCUUUGAAGAGAAUUCUUCUAUAUAUCCAAGGAACUGUGUCACUUGGAAUGUUUUAUUCAAAAGCAGAAGAUUACAAGCUAACAGGUUACUCCGACAGCGAUUGGUGUGGAGAUAUAGACGAUCGAAAAAGCACAUCAGGAUAUGUAUUCUUUAUGGGAAACACUGCUUUCACAUGGCUCUCAAGGAAGCAACCAAUUGUAACACUGUCAACAUGCGAAGCAGAAUACGUGGCUGCAUCAUGGUGUGUAUGCCAUGCUAUAUGGCUUAGAAGAUUGUUAUGUGAGUUAGAGCAGAAGCAGGAAAAUGCAACCAUAGUACAAGUCGACAACAAAUCAGCAAUCGAACUGGCGAAGAUCCAGUGA